UAAAAAAGUACCAAAUCCCGCUUCCUCUAAUUUUCACUCUGGAGUCCAACUUCUCACAGACAGCAGUCUUUUACAUUGGAAAAUAUUUAAAAAGAAUUUUUUUUUCUUUUUCUUUUUUUGUAGUGAGAGAUCUUAAAGUUGAAACGAACCCUUUUUUACACGCUGUUUCUCUUUCUCUCAUAUUCAUCACUCGAAGCAAAGUAAAAGGGAAAGUAAAAGGAGGGUUUUGAGGAGAGUGAAAGAUGGCUGGUUACAGGGCAGAGGAUGACUACGACUUCCUUUUCAAGGUGGUGCUGAUCGGUGAUUCGGGAGUAGGCAAGUCUAACCUUCUCUCAAGGUUCACCAGGAACGAGUUUAGCCUCGAGUCCAAGUCCACUAUUGGCGUUGAGUUCGCUACUCGUAGCUUGAAUGUUGAUGGUAAGGUCAUCAAGGCUCAGAUUUGGGACACUGCUGGUCAAGAAAGGUACCGUGCCAUCACAAGUGCCUAUUACCGAGGAGCUGUUGGUGCGCUACUUGUGUACGAUGUGACCCGACACUCCACGUUUGAAAAUGUGGAGAGGUGGUUAAGAGAGUUGAGGGAUCACACGGAUCCCAACAUCGUGGUCAUGCUCAUAGGCAACAAAUCAGAUCUCCGACACCUUGUGGCUGUCCCAACUGAGGAUGCAAAAUCCUUUGCGGAGAAAGAAUCCCUCUACUUCAUGGAAACUUCAGCCCUGGAAGCAACAAACGUGGAAAACGCAUUUGCAGAAGUGCUGACACAGAUCUAUCACAUAGUAAGCAAGAAGGCAAUGGAGACAAGUGAUGAAGGGGCUGCUUCAGCUGUUCCAUCCAAGGGGGAGAAAAUUGAUGUCGGUAAAGACGUGUCUGCAAUAAAGAAAGGGGGUUGCUGCUCGAGCUAAGGGAUGAAGAAGAUGUUAAAAUCUGCAGUCUCUGAUUGUUUUAAGGGAUGCAGGCAUGGAUGGGGAUUUCUUUGUAAACCUUGGGUUCUGUAAAAUUUUUCUCAAAAAGGUACCCUACAGUAGGAUAUGGGUGGACUGGAGAUUGAUUUAAUUUACAUAAAAAAAAAAAAAAAUUCACAAUGGCUGUUAAUUUGAGUAGACAAGAGGCAUGUGAGGAACAGGGUUUUACAUCAUUGAAUUUAAAUAACUACUUAGAUGGUAA